CAGAAUGCCUCGGGGUCUGCGUCACUUCCGCUGUGUUGGAAGCUGAGGAAAAUCGAGACUGGGAGGCGGAAAGCCGGCUGAAGAGGGAGUAUCGGUUAGGUGGAGCCGGCUGACCGUCGAUUUCCCAUAUGGAGCUGGCGUUGGACCCGGGUGAACAGGACCUGCUGGGCUUCCUGCUAGGGGAAAGCGGAGAUUUGGGGGCGGCGCCCAAUGAGGUCUUGGAGGCUCCGCGGGACUGGGAGUUGCCGCUUUCUGAGGCACUGAGCGAUUGGGACGUCGAGGAUUUCCUGCGCUCCCUGCCGAGCCCCCCAGCGUCGUUGAACAUUUUCAGCAACUCUAAUCCCUGUCUUGUCCACCAUGACCACACCUACUCUCUCUCCCAAGAACAUGUUUCCAUAGAUCUAGAUAGUGGGAGCUGUGGAAAAGAGGGGGUCCAGAUGACUCCCCUGCACGUGGAGGACCCGGAAGAGCAGGAGGUUGUUGGGCUGAUCCUGACAGAUGAGGAAAAGCGGCUAUUGGAGCAGGAGGGGCUUACUCUGCCUGGAACGCUGCCUCUCACGAAGAUGGAGGAACAAGUUCUGAAACGAGUGCGGAGGAAGAUUCGAAAUAAAAAGUCUGCUCAGGAGAGCCGCAGGAAGAAGAAGGUGUAUGUGGGGGGUUUAGAGAGCAGGGUCUUGAAAUACACAGCCCAGAAUCUGGAGCUACAGAACAAAGUACAGCUCCUGGAGGAGCAGAACCUGUCCCUCCUGGAUCAGUUGAGGAGACUCCAGGCCAUGGUGAUUGAGAUAUCUAACAAAACCAGCAGCAGCAGCAGCACCUGUGUCCUGGUCCUACUGUUCUCCUUCUGUCUCGCACUUGUACCUGCUAUGUACUCCUCUGGCACCAGGGGGAGCCUGCCAGCUGAGCGUGGAGUAUUAUCCCGCCAGCUUCGUGCCCUCCCUCAUCAGCUGGAGCUGUCUGUCCUGCAGUCGGAGGAACCAAAGGAUAGCUCAGACCAUGAGCUCCAGGCUCCUGGCAACUCUUGCUGCCUGCCCUCCCACAUGCCUCAGGCUCCUGGCACAGAGCCUCCCCUGAAGUUGCCACUCCCUGAUCCCUUUUCAAAGUUCGCCUCCCUGGGUCCCAUCGUUCCCCUGCAUGCAAAUCUCACAAGAGAAAGGGAAUGGCUCCCUGCCCACAGCCCCAUAUCUGUUAUCUUGCAGGGCAGAUACUCAGGCUAGAUGGGAGGCCAAAUGAAAAGGAAUACGAGAAGGCUAGUUUUAGCAUCUGUGCCCCGUCAGGAUGCCUUAGGGCUCAAACACACCACACUUACCAUCUUUCUGGGUCUUUUAUUUGUACCCAUGUAUGUCUAUCACCCCAUGAAUGGACCUGGGGGAAUCAAUUGACCUUGAACAUUUCAUGCAGUGAGGGGAUGGGAUGAGGAAAUAAAUAAGUAAGUGAUUCUGA